AGGACUGGACCAUUCCGGUGCCACGCUUAAAGCUUCAACUGCGCAGUUUGCAGGUUCUCAAGGAGGAUGAGAUCAGAGAAUUGCUGUGUUUUUUGGACAGUUCAGGCAUAGGGCAUGUGUCCUACAGGCCUUUCCGCAUGGCUGUAGCAGACUUUCUGUCUGUCAGCCGGGACUUUCACUCGGCGCUCUCACCGGAAGAGUUCAAUGCAAUUCUGUGCCGUGUGCAGGCGAGGCUAUUGCGGAGCGGCUUGAACUUCACCCAGGCAAUGAGGGAAGCGGAUGGCAAGAACAGCCUUCCGGGACCCCAAUUCAUGCAAAGUCUGAGAAGCUUACGCUUGGGUUUGUCCAACAAGGAAGUCGCACAGAUCUUCAAUUCUUUGAGCGCCGAGUCCUUCCGGACGGCAGGCACCCUUCAUUUGCCCAAUCCCGUGCAGAAAGGACAGGUUUCCAUGGUGCUCUUUGAAGCGCUUUUGGAAAAGUCGUCCGACAACCGGCUCCAGGACUGGGCGGGUUUGGCUUUCCAGCGCUUCCGAGAGACCCUUGGAGACGAUCGAGUUCAGAGCACUUUGAGGCAUCAUUGUGAGCCUCCCCUGCGGCUCUACUUGGCCUUCACAGGUUUUGCUGCUCUUCUCACGGAGAUCGAGCCCUCGAUCACGUCCGCAGAGAUUGGUCGGCUAUGGUGUGUGCUGGAGAAGGAGGACUUUUCGGACGAGCCCUUGGUUAGGUUCGAGGAGCUCCUCAGCUGGAUGAAAUGCCGGAGAGUUUGAGGACAGGUGAGUGGAGGACUCUCGGACAGGUUGGAGAACAACAUGCCAUGCCAUUUAACAACGCAUUCAAUCAAUGUCCAAGGCUAUUGAGGAAGCCUUGUUUUGUUCCUUUCCCUAUCUUCAGGUAUCGUCCAGUAGAUAUACCAUGUGAUGUGGCACUAGUGCACCACCCAGUCCGGAGAAAGUCCGCCAAUAGCACCGUGGACAAGUCAGCCAGUCGGCUGCGUUUCACCGACUCCAAAGAUGGGUCGUUCCGUGCAGAAAGAGCGUUGCUGUCACUACUGAGCGUCACCGGCCUCAGUUGUGUCGUCAGCCUCGGUCGCCCGCAAACUCACCGGCGGAGUCUUCACUUCCGCAUUUGUCAAC